CGUGUUUCCAUGAGCGGAUGGCGUACAGCUCAGAAACCGGGUCGACUCGUGCAUGGAGAUGAAAAAUUGAUUGCAAGCAUUCGCGAGUACCUGGUAGAGGGAAAUUUCUGGCGUUUGGAGAAGGCCACUAGAAGACGAGAAGAGUAUAUGAAGGGACGAUAGAUCCGGGUUCAAGGUCUCUCACGACAGCAAAUAGUUACUACGCAUCUUCUACAGUCGCUUUCUACAAUUCAUUCACUCUACAAUCACCAAGAUGCUCUCCCUUCUCCUCCUUCUUGCGCCCCUUGCGGCUGCCCACGGCCAUGUUGACAAGGUCAUCGCAGACGGCAAGGAAUACCAAGGCUGGAAUGCUGCGCUCAAGUACCAGAACCCCAUCCCGGCCACCGUCGGCUGGCAAGCGGACAACCUCGACAACGGCUUCGUCUCCCCUGACAGUUUCGGCACUGCGUCCAUCGUAUGCCACAAGCAAGGCAAGAGCAACGGCGCCUACGUUUCUGUCAAGCCCGGCAGCAAAGUCACCUUCAAGUGGGACACCUGGCCAGCUAGCCAUGUUGGCCCAAUUCAAGAAUAUAUCGCGGCCUGCAAUGGCGACUGCGGCUCUGUCAGCCCCACAAGCCUCCAGUGGACAAAGAUCCAAUCCAGCGCCUGGAAGUCAGGAAGCAACCCCGGCACCUGGGCUACUGAUGAUCUCAUUAAAAACAACUUUUCCUGGGAUCUUACUAUUCCCAACCUUGCGCCUGGUAACUACGUUGUUCGCCACGAGAUCAUCGCGCUGCACGCUGCUGGUCAAGCCAAUGGCGCCCAGUCUUACCCUCAGUGCAUCAACCUCAAGGUUGAGGGCUCUGGAACUACGAAGUUGAGCGGUGGUGUUCCCGCUACUAGCUUCUACAAGGCGAACGACGCUGGUAUUCAGUUCAAUGUCUUCAGGUCUUUCGACAGCUACCCUACUCCCGGACCUGCCCUCAACAAGCUCUCCAAGCGUCAUGCUAAGGACCUUGAGUACUAGAUCAUGGUACAAAUUCUGGGGUCAGAGAUCUCAUGAGCGAAUAGAUUAGGCUUGACUUCUCACCUACUGCAUACUUC